CAGACCUUAUCUGAUAUUUGUAUGUAUGCCUUUUGUUUCUUCCUCAACUUUUCUUGACUGCGAUCCAUGACCUUAUUUUCAUUACAUUUUCAAGCUCCAUGUGAAUUCUAUUACAUGGAUUAAUAUUUACACAAAGUAUUUGUGUCCCUCUUCCAGCAGGUGACGACAGCUUUGGUUAUGGUUGGUGUGGCUAAUUAUUUUUCAGGCUAAUCAUUUUAUACAAGACACAAAACACCAUCGUUUUGACAUUUUGGCUUCAAGUGUCUGAGGCCUCCCUGGCGAAUCUUUCUUCUUAAACCCCAUUCUGGAACUUGAACCAUUAAUUCAAUCCUCUCCAGAUUUCUCCAGCUCCAUUUAUAAGGACAUAUUGCUCUUCAUCUUCGAGUAAUUAGAGGAAAGAUGUCUCGGUAUCUUGUUGAAUUGGUUCGAGAUCAUUUGGAAUCCACUGGGGACGUGAUGAGUGCGAUAAUGCCUUUGAUGAAACUCUUGUCCCUCACAAUUAUAGGACUGGUUCUCGCUUACCCAAAAACUCAAAUCAUACCGAGAGCUACCUUUAAGCUCCUCAGCAAGCUUGUUUUUGCCUUGUUCUUGCCCUGUCUAAUCUUUACCGAACUAGGUGAAUCCAUUACGCUUGAAAACUUUGUUCAGUGGUGGUUUAUUCCAGUUAAUGUGUUGGUGAGUACACUUGUUGGUUGUUUCCUUGGGUACUUGGUGGUGAUUAUAUGUCAUCCGCCCCCAGAGUUGAACAGAUUUACUAUUAUCAUGACUGCAUUUGGGAAUACAGGAAAUCUCCCGCUUGCUCUUGUUGGAUCUGUUUGUCAUACUGAGAAAAAUCCAUUUGGACCUCAUUGUCACUCGAGAGGGGUGGCUUAUGUCUCUUUUGCUCAAUGGGUUGCUGUAAUUCUUGUUUAUACCUUUGUCUAUCAUAUGAUGGAGCCACCAUUGGAGUAUUAUGAGGUUGUUGAGGAAGGGACUGAGGGGACUGAGAUUGAGGAGUUGAAAGAUAACAUAGGUAACGAUCUCAGUAGGCCUUUACUUGUGGAAGCUGAAUGGCCUGGUAUGGAAGAAAAGGAAACUGAGCAUUCCAAGACACCCUUUAUUGCUAGGGUUUUCAACAGCAUCUCAAGUGUUUCGCAGACUGGUAUUCCAGAUGGUGAUCUCUCUGUGGAAAGCGGUGGAAACAGUCCCAGGUCCAUUAGGUGUUUGGCUGAACCAAGGGUGGUUAGGAGGAUCAGAAUUGUUGCCGAACAAACUCCAAUACGUCACAUACUUCAACCCCCAACGAUUGCUUCACUGUUUGCUAUCAUUAUUGGGACAGUGCCUCAGUUGAAAGCUUUUGUCUUCGGAUAUGAUGCUCCACUAUCCUUCCUCACAGAUAGUUUAGAGAUUUUAGCUGGUGCUACGGUGCCUUCUGUGAUGCUUAUUCUUGGGGGUAUGCUUGCAGAGGGACCAAAUGAUUCUAAACUUGGCCUUCGAACUACCAUCGGUAUAUCAGUGGCAAGGCUCUUAGUGCUUCCUCUGGUGGGGAUCUGUAUUGUAGCGUUGGCCGAUAAGCUUGAUUUUCUGGUUGAUGACGAUACAAUGUAUAGGUUUGUACUUCUGCUGCAGUACACGACCCCAAGCGCAAUUUUAUUGGGAGCAAUUGCCAGUUUGAGAGGAUAUGCAGUUAGUGAGGCAUCAGCACUCAUCUUCUGGCAGCAUGUGUUUGCUCUCUUCUCCCUUUCCUUGUAUAUUGUCAUCUACUUCAAACUAAUACCACACAUCUGAGAAUUGCAUAAGAUGGAUUUGUGUUAUUUUUCUGUGAUCUGGUUUGAAUGAUACAGUCCUUAUUGCCUCAUUC